AUGAUCGCUCUGCGCGACGGCCACUUCGCUGCGGGCCCUUUCCCCCCUCUGCCCAUUCACAUCUCGCCCACCCGGAGAGGCGUCCGCCUGGCCCUGCUGAAGGCCGUGGAGGUCAGGAACAAGACGCUCAAGGACCGCCCGCCCCUACAGCUGCCCAAGCCCCUCACCACUUCGCCCACCAGCCCCGCUGCGACGCUGCCACCAGCAGCAGCAGCUGCUGCUGCAUCUGCAUCUGCAUCGGCUCGCGACUACACAAAUGAGCAGCAGGACCAGGCCGGCCAGAGGACUGAGGACGGCUGUGCUGGUGAACUGGGUGGUGGGCUGAACGACCGCAUACGUGAGAGAGGACCGUCCCACCACACACGGCGAAGAGCAGACCCCUCGUCGCCCGCUGAUCACGUGGGUGAGAGGGGAUGAGACGAUUGACGGCAGACGGUCAGAGGCACGGCCACCCACCUUGCUGUUGUGUGAUGUUGUGUGUUGUUGUGUGGGUCCAUGCAUUCAUUCAGUGUGUUGUUGCCGAGGAGGCCAUGCAGCCACUGGAUAUGGACAUGGAGGUACAGACCGCCUGAC